GUUAAAUUAUCAUUAAUAUCAUUAUUACACAUUAACGAAGUCUUGAAAUUAUCAAAAUCUACUACAUAAGAUUCUCUGUGAUGAAGUAGAGUUUACAAAUUUCAUAUGCGCUUCCAACAUGAUUGAAUGAAUACGUUGGAGAAAAUGAAGAAGGGGACAAUUAUGUCGAACUGUUUAAAAAUAAAAACAAUUGAAAUUACGUCGUCUUCUCUUUUUUUCCGUCUCAGCACAAAGUUCCGUGUAAAAAGGGGGUGUUAGCAAUCUGUAUACAUGCUUAACAAAUCAAUCUCCUAAUUAUGUAAUUUAACUGCCUGAAAGAAAAGGGAUUACUAUUGAUUUCACUUAAUUGAUUGUCUACGAUAAAGGGAUAUAUUUGAUCGGGAGAAGAAAGUUUCAUUCAAGAGCCAACUUACAGAAUGGCUAACAUUUUUGCGAUUCUAGUAUCGGCAUGUCUUUGUGCAUUAGUCCAGUCCCAGGAAUCGGAUUUGAACUCCACCUCCGCAUCCCCACCGGUACCUCCAAAUGUAACCAGUCACGGGGACGUUCAGAUUAUCUACAGAGACGACUUGAUAAAGGUCAUAGAGAAAUACGGGAUUACUGAUGACGACAUCAUGCUCGUCACCAAUAAGUACAAAGAGGGCAAUCCACCAACGGUGAUGAAAAUGAUGAAAAACGAGGAUACUGGGAAGGAAGAGAUGGUGGAGGUGAAUCUCAAAAACUUCAUUGCGGGGGGCCACGUGACUGACCUAACACCAAUCUUAGAAUCUCCGGAACCACCAAAGAUUUCAAAAUCUCAAAAUGAAGUCCCCGAAGCCGUAACGACUAGAGAGGAUAUUCUGGCAAAUCUCCGUAAGCGAGAGCGAGAUCUUCUUAUGAAUUUGGAGAGGAAUCGACAAGAAUACGAGCGGAUAGCGCAAGCGUUAAUGGAGGUCCGAAAAGAAAUUGUUAUGAACACGCCUGAUGAAUAUGAUAUGAUGUCUCGUGGUACAAUUCGACUGGGUGCAUCACCGGAAAGAGAUGACCCGACCCCGGACGCUGCAGUGCUACGAGCAUUAUUUCGUCGAGCUCAGAGACAGGCUCUUAUCAGAGACUUGGUGCGGAGAAACAUCAUGCGAAGACGAUUAGCAGCCUUGACUGGUUUUCCACCUAAUCCAUCCAGAUCAUCGUUCCAACCCUCAAGGACUCUUUUAAUACCAGUACGGCGAUCAGGGAUACCGUUUUUCCUCAGAGUUAACAGACGACCACAAUUGACCAUCCGCGCCCCAGCAGCAGACGACACUCAAGUUCUUACAGAACCGCGACAGCUUCCAGUUGUAGUCGAUGAAAGAAAUACAGAAAUCCAGACCAAACCUUUCGAACCAGUCCCCAGAGUCACAGAGCUCGUGAGCACCAGCGCCGGAGACAAUGAUAACGCAUCUCCAUCUGGUGUCCCCUAGGUCGUUCUAGGGUUUUGGAUAACCCUAUAUCCAUUUAGCAUAAGUUUACAAUCGUCUGAAAUUAAAACAACACGCAUUAAAGCGAAUUAAUAUAA